AUGAAACUGUGUCUGAUAAUUCUUGGAAUAACUGCAGCAUUGGCUGCUCCUCCAGGUGAAUAUGAAACAAUAGCCACUGACUACCACAAUGCUUUUGGAAUCCCAGAAGCAGCAAGGAUCAAAGCAGCUGAAGCUGCUGAAGACUUCGAUGGCUCCCGAAUAAUUGGUGGAUCACUCGCAUCUUCCACGCAAUUUCCUUACAUGGGCGGUCUUGUCAUCAACUUGACUAACGGAAGACAGUCAGUAUGUGGUUCUGCUCUUAUCUCCGCUACUAGAGCCGUAACUGCGGCCCAUUGUUGGCAAACAAGACAGAGCCAAGGCCGUUCUCUCACUAUUGUUCUUGGCUCUCUCCGUCUCUUCUCCGGUGGUACCAGAGUGUCUUCCAGCAACGUUAUCAUGCACGAGUCAUAUAACAUGGACAAUCGUAGAAACGAUGUUGCCGUAAUAGUUCUAUCCAACGUCGGACUUAACAUUAACAUCGGAGUAAUUGAUCUUGCCUCUGGCUCUGAUCAAUUUGUGGGAUCCUCAGCAUCAGCUGUUGGUUUCGGCAGGACUUCAGAUUCUUCAUCGGGAGAUAUCACCACUGCCCAAGAGUUAAGAUACGUCACUCUCGACGUCAUCUCCAACGACGACUGCGCAAGAGUAUACGGAACUUAUACCGUCGGUUCGUCUACGAUUUGCGUCUUUACUGAAAGCAAUCGUAACAUUUGCAACGGGGACACCGGCGGUCCUCUUGUCGUCGACAAACAAUUGGUCGGCAUCGCGUCAUUCGUCGCUGCUUCGGGAUGCCAGCAAGGAUUACCAGCUGGCUUCGCAAGAGUUACCUCCUUCAACUCCUGGAUUCGUAGUCACAUAUAUGAUUCACGAUUUAGCAAUAUUAUAACGAAGUACAUUGCAUGUUCUAUGUAUUGUCUUGGAGAGGACUUCUCAGAGAAAUGGACUACAAUCUGCGACUCUUGCCUCAUCUCCACUAAUAGAGCUGUGACUCCUGUCACACAAAGUUUAGCCAAGGCCGUUCUGUGGCGGUUACUUUCGGCUGCAUCCGCCUUCACUCAAGUGGUACCAGAGUCAGCUCUUAGAAUAUCAUUCACGAAUCCUGAUUACUAA